CAGUGCAACACCACGGUGAGCGAUCUUGACGAUACAGGAAUGAUUCAUUGAUCAAUCCCCUGUGGUUAGUUGCCAGAUCAGUGCUGAGGGCAUCGAUUGCAACAAGCUCUGCGUCCAUAUUUAUCACAAAACAAUCUCCCCCGAUACUUUAAAAUAAAAAAAACUCUGAAAGAUGAAUUUCCGUGCAUUGCUCUUGUUCCUCGCCCUGGAAAGAAGCUUUGCUUUUUUGGCGCCAACCAGCCAAGUCGCUGCUCGAAGUAAGGUUGGAUUGAAUCUUGCGGCUGAAGACGAAGUGGCUGCACUUAGGGCUGCAGCUGCCAAAGCACGCGAAGAUGCUGAUCGACUGUCUCUGGAGCUUGGAAAAAAGAUCGAGGCGAGACCAAAAGCGACUGAAACCAAAGUGAAGAAGCUUCCCAAGGAAGAAUUGCAGGCUCGACUCCAGGAGGUUUCCUUUGAUGCCAAUGGUGUUCAAGCUCAAGCCGCCACUUUGGAGGGACUUCGCCAAGAGGGAAGUGUAUCCUUGUACAAAUCCGCCAAUCUACGCACUUAUCCAGUUUCAUUGCAAAUGCUGGAAAGCAGAACUCAAAUUUCACUUGAAUCCUUCGGAUUUGGAGAUGCCUCGGGAGAAAAGGUUUCCCUGGAUGAUUUCAAAUACUCGACACUCUAUGUUGUUGGCGGAGCUUCGGUUGGUGGCGUCUUGGCAUUGGCGUUUCUGCCACCCAAUAUCGGAGCUACGAUCUGCUACCUUUGUGCUAUAAUUCCUAUUUUGUACCUUGCAAUUGGAUCCACGGCCCCCGCCGCCAUUGCUCAGGUCAUUGAUUCUGUCAAGAACAGAGACGAUCCUGAUCGAGCCUCGGAUAGCGACCGUGUGGCAAGACACGAGGCAGCACAUUUCAUGUGCGGUUAUAUGUGCGGUCUGCCCAUUGUGAACUACAACAUUUUGCAAGAGGGAGUUCCAUGUGUGGAAUUCGCGGCUAGCUCACAACGAUUCAGUAACGAAGAAGUUGCCAGUCUGAGCGUCACAGCCAUGUCGGGGUUGGUAGCAGAAGCAAUGGAAUAUGGAGAUGUUAGAGGCGCGGAAAAUGAUCUUCUUGAGUUGGAGCAAAUUUUCCGAAAGGCGGACGACUUUAUUGGUGCACAACAACAACAAGACUUGACACGCUGGGGAGCUCUUCAGGCAUUCAGCAUGCUCAAAGAAAACAAAGGAAAGCUUGACCAAGUGGUGGAUGCCUUCAAGUCUCAGAAGGAUCUGGCAGAGUGCGUUGCACUGUUGGAGUGCUAGGUUGCUUGAGCUAGGAAAAUACAACAAUGCUGGUGGCCAUAAAAGAUAGCAAGAAAGUGCACUUUGAAGCCGAUAUUGCAUGGUUCGGUAACUUGGGCACUUUGAAGCCUAAAACAAACUAAG